AUGCUGCCCAUUGUUUGUUCGAGCAUGGUCUCGUGUCGAGUGUGUGAAGUGCUCUUGGAGAAAGUUUGGAAGAAGACGCUGUUGUCUUUCCCUCAUCUCAAACCAGUCCCUAGCCCUAACGCUAUCCCUGACCCAAACCCAAACCCCAGCCCUAGUCCUAACGCUAUCCCUGACCCCAGCCCCAACCCUAGCCCUAACGCUAUCCCUGACACUGGCCCCAACCCUAGCCCUAACGCUAUCUCGACCCCCAACCCCAGCCCUAGCCCUAACGCUAUCCCUGACCCAAACCCAAACCCCAGCCCUAGUCCUAACGCUAUCCCUGACCCCAGCCCCAACCCUAGCCCUAACGCUAUCCCUGACCCCAGCCCCAGCCCUAGCCCUAACGCUAUCUCGACCCCCAACCCCAGCCCUAGCCCUAACGCUAUCCUGACCCCCAACCCCAGCCCUAGCCCUAACGCUAUCCUGACCCCCAACCCCAGCCCUAGCCCUAACGCUAUCUCGACCCCCAACCCCAGCCCUAGCCCUAACGCUAUCCUGACCCCAGCCCCAGCCCUAGCCCUAACGCUAUCCUGA